CAUCUUGCUGUUGCUUCCAGUUUACAUACGUACACGACAGUCAGUAAGCCCUCUCAGAGAAACUCUAGGAGCUAGCUCGCCAUGGCUUCCACCGCGAGCUUCUUGGCCAUGCUCAUGGCGUGCGCGCUCCUCUCCAGCAGCACAUGCCACGGCGCACGGAACUUGGCCGACACGACUCCGCCAGCUGCCCCUACCUCUGGUCCUGUCCCUGGCCUCCCGGCAGUGCCACCUAUGGCGGUCGUGCCUACAGUACCGGCCGUUACUGUGCCAGCCAUGCGGACCGUGCCCACCGUGCCGCAGGUGACAUUGCCGCCUAUGCCUGCCAUUCCUUCCGUGCCCAAGGUGACGAUGCCACCGAUGCCCGCCAUCGUCGCGCCAAAGGUGACCAUGGCGCCGAUGCCCACAAUCGCCGUACCCAAGGUGAUGAUGCCACCGAUGCCCGCCAUUGUUGUUCCCAAGGUGACGAUGCCGCAGAUACCUGCUAUCCCGAGCAUCAGCGUACCUAUGCCGUUCUUGGCACCGCCCCCCUCUGCAUAGACACAUCUCCACGCCUACGGUGGUGGUGCGUUAUCCGUGUCCACGGUUGGACGCUCUUCAUGUUGCAGUGUUACUAGAUCACUCGGUUGCCACGGCAGAGUAUUUGUCUCCGCGAUGUACAUGUUACAUGUAAAUCUCUGUUGUUGAUACUCUCUUUUACGUCAGCGAGUAUAUUAUUAGUUUGUUUUGUU